AUUGCUGCGCGCUACACUGUGCGCCCUGAGCGUUGGGAGGCUGGCACCCUUCCGGCCCCUGGACGAGGAGGCGCGAGUUUAGGGGAUCCUGAGCGCGUGGGUGCCGGCGGUGUGCCUAGAGAUGCCCCGCAGCAGUAUCUGUAGUGGACGGAAGAGAAAAAGAAAUUGGGAUACAGAAUACCUAUCUUUUCCAAGAGGGAGUCCACUAAAGUUCCGAAGAACAGGUCUCAGGACAGUGGGAGCAGCUGCUUCCCUCUCUGAAGCAUGGCUCAGAUGUGGAGAAGGAUUUCAGGACACUUCUGGGACUCUGUCAUUAACAGCUGAAAAGAAGAUCAUUACAGAAAAGAACCUCAAAUUACCCCCUAGACCCAAGAAAGAAAGUGCUGCAUCUAAGAGUACCGGUGAGCUAAAAGAUAUAACAUGGAGUUCCAGUGAAAGUGAUCUGGCUGAUGAGGAUAAAACAGUUUUUAAGUCACAGAGAUAUAAUGGACAUUGUUCUGGAAUAGACAGGUUUUGUAGCAGGAACAGGAAAAUUUCAUGUCCAGAAGAUGAGGCCAGUGAAGAUGAACUACAAUUUAUUGACUGGGAGAUUGACAGUGACAGGGAAGAUACUAGUGAGUAUAAUGAAUCUGAAGAUGGGGAGAGUGUUGUGGAAAUAUCAGACUGUGGUUCUUGUUCAAGCAAUCAUUCUUCGACUAGUGAAGAGAGGCCCUCUGAGCUUGUAAAGAGUUCUACAGAAAUUUUGGAAUAUUCAUCAGAUAGUGAAAAGGAGGAUGACUCCAUUGAUUCAGAAUCUUCUCUCAAAUACCACAUGGAUUUUGAAUCUGAUGAUAGACAGAUACCGGAGAGACCUAUAAAGCAGAAGAUGAAAUCAGCAGAAACCACUUUGUACACACCCCAGAAACAGAUGUUUCCAAGGACUCCAGAAACAUCAGCAAACAAGAAGAAGCUUUUGAGAGGCGGGCUAGCAGAAAGACUAAAUGGCCUACAGAAUCGGGAGAGAUCUGCCAUUUCUUUGUGGAGACAUCAAUGUGUUUCUUACCAAAAGACACUUUCAGGUAGAAAAUCUGGCGUAUUAAUUGUGAAAAUUCUAGAGCUGCAUGAGGAAUGCACCAUCCAAGUGGCUAUGUGUGAGCAUUUAGCAGGGCUGCAGGCCAACAGCCCUUCUCAAGGUGAGGUCCCCAGGACUGGCCUGAAGGUUCUGUUCACAAAGGAGACUGCUCACCACCUCAAGGGACAUCCCGAAGACAUCGUCCAUAUCUACCCUCCCUGGCAAAUGCUUAUUGCCCCAAGUGGAAGUUGCCCUGUUAUUCUGAAUACUUACUUUUGUCAGAAAGUUGUUGCCAAAGAAGAUUCAAAAAUAAUACAUGAAGUGCACUGUUGGGACACAGCCCUUCCAAGAAGAAGUAUCACUUUGGCUCAGAGGUUUAGAUUUAGGAAUCUAAGAAAUAUAUCACAUGAAAGCCAGGUUAUGUAUAGUGGUCUCACUACCAUAAGGACAGACUGUACCCAUGGACAUGAAGAAGCAAAACAGUGCUUCCCAGCUGAAGCUCACCUGAGGGAUUCUCUUCUGGAUGCAGUGGAAAGCCAGGGAGCUGCCCCAUGGCCAGGAGUUGGGGUCCGAGUGGUGGUACAGAGAGUUUACUGUCUUCCCUACAGAUAUCAGCAGGGAGGUGGCUCAGCUGCUCCACCUGACUCAGACCCACCCAGAGUUAGAGGCUGCCUUCUUGUGCAAGAUGCCUAUGGAAUGUUUAGUGAAGUGCACUCUGAGGUCACCAUCUUGAAGGACCAACAGUUGGAAGGAAAGUCCUGCAGCCUGAUGGGAAUGAAGGUUCUACAGAAGGUCACCAGAGGAAGGACAGCAGGGCUUUUCAAUUUGAUCGAUACCCUGUGGCCUCCAGUGAUGCCCCUGAAAGCACCUUGUCAUGGCCAAGCCUGUGAAGAGGUAAAAAAUCACAUGCCUCCUCCUAGCUUCUGUUACAUCCUUACUGCUCAUCCAAAUGUGGGGCAAAUUGAUAUAAUUGAAGAAGACCCCAUUUCUAAACUUUACCAGCCUCCAGUUACCCGCUUCUUAAAAGAAAUUCUCCAGACUAGUGAUCUUAGUACCCGUUGCAGUUUCUAUGCCAGAGUGAUUUAUCAGAGACCACAGCAAAGGGAGAUUUGGCUGAUGGUGACUGAUGCCACCCUCCAGAUGCAGGAUGACAAUAACUCUGGCCUCCCCAAAACCAUACCAGUCUGUGUGGCCCCCUCAUGUGUGUUGAGCCAGGAAGUUCUGGAAGCACUCACCGAAGCUGUCUCUCAUAGCUUUCUCUUCAGGGACACUGUCCGAGCCCAGGCAGGUCAGAUUGUUUGUGUUGAACGAAGUGUCCUCUUGCUUCAAAAGCCCCGUUUGGGUGUGGACUCCGGAGCUCACUCCUGUGAACUGACUGGCCCUGUGAAGCUCAAUGAGCUGGUUUCUGUUACUCAGGUCAACUCCAUUUGCAGCGUUCAAGCCAUCCUAACAGGCACUGUAAUUGGUGUGGAUGAGAGCACUGCUUUCUCCUGGCCCACUUGUGACGUGUGUGGCAACGAGAGAUUGGAACAGAGCCCAGGAGACAGAGACACCUUUUCCUGUGGGGACUGCUCCCGUGUGGUCACCUCUCCUCUUCUCAGAAGGCACCUGCAGGUGUUCCUGGACUGUCCCUCUCGACCCCAGUGCACAGUGAAGGUCAAGCUGUCCCAGACCACUAUUUCUUCACUCCUGAGAUUUGCCGUCUGCAAGGAUGGGAGUUAUGAAGUGAAGAGUGUCCUCGGAAAGGAGGUGGGGUUGUUGAAUUGUUUUGUCCUGUCCAUAACCACCCACCCAGCUAUCUGUGUUGGAUUGGAGGAAAUUGAGCUCCUGAGUGCAGGAAGAGCCUCUUCAGAACACUGCCGGUUGCCGUAGGAUCUGUGAACUUUGCAAUGCCGUUGCCGCUUGGGGUAGUUACUUGUUAACUAGAGUGACUGUAUUGUAUGAUCUUGAAAUGGAACUUAGAUUUUCCUGGGGCAAAUGUUAGUGUGAUUAUUUUGUAAACUAAACAUCAAAAUAUUUUUUUCUAGUUAAAAUAUUUUUACCUUUUUGCAAAUUUGGGAACAUGUUAUUAAAACUUAAAUAAGCCUGAGGUCUUCAUUUUGUAUUUCAUCUUAGGCAAUUAAUAGUAAAAAGGCAAGAAAAAAAUUGUGUUCACUUGUAAUUCUAAAGUGUUUAAAUUUUACCAUGAUUCAACACGUUUUUCUUGUAGUUAUUUAAGAUGUCCCAAAGAACACCCUGCAGAGCUGAAGUAUUUGUCCUAAAUUGAAAUACAACUGUUCUACUACACAGUACAUAUCCAACUUAAACAUUUUGCCGUUUAAUAAUUUUGGGAAAUAAUUUUGGGGAACCGUGCCAGAGGUAAAACUGUUACCCAUAAAGUAUAUGUAAGUUACCUGGUGGGAUUAAGGCUGUACUGCACAGAGGUAUAGAUAACUCAUGCUAGAUAGACCUAUUUAAUCUUGCUGGGUACUGUGUACAGAGAGCCAAGAUUACAGACUGAAGAGGAGUGAUUGGUUAUGUUUGCUUUGUUGGCAGAGAUUUAAAUUAAUAUAAAAUGAUGAAUAGAUUAUCUUUAGACCGUAUUUUUUUAACUCCCUUACAAUAUGAUGACAGGCCACAGUUAAUUACAUAAUAUAGACCUAACCUAGAGCAAGAAAGGGUGCCUAGUCUACCCACUUUAAUUGGGAGAAAGGCGAACGGCUCUAUUUCUUCUGAUUAAACUUUGAAACAUU